AUGCUGCUGCUCAAGAAACAGACCGAGGACAUCAGCAGCGUCUAUGAGAUCCGGGAGAAGCUGGGCUCGGGCGCCUUCUCCGAGGUGGUGCUGGCCCAGGAGCGGGGCUCCACGCACCUUGUCGCCCUCAAGUGCAUCCCCAAGAAGGCCCUCCGUGGCAAGGAGGCUCUGGUGGAGAAUGAGAUCGCUGUGCUCCGAAGAGUCAGCCACCCCAACAUCGUGGCCCUGGAGGACGUCCACGAGAGCCCUUCCCACCUCUACCUGGCCAUGGAACUGGUGACGGGGGGCGAGCUGUUUGACCGCAUCAUGGAGCGUGGCUCCUACACGGAGAAGGAUGCCAGUCAGUUGGUGGGCCAGGUCCUAGGCGCUGUCUCCUACCUGCACAGUCUGGGCAUCGUGCACCGGGACCUCAAGCCUGAAAAUCUGCUCUAUGCCACACCGUUUGAGGACUCCAAGAUCAUGGUCUCCGACUUUGGCCUCUCCAAAAUCCAGGCUGGCAACAUGCUCGGCACUGCCUGUGGGACCCCAGGAUACGUGGCCCCAGAGCUCUUGGAGCAGAAGCCCUACGGGAAGGCGGUGGACGUGUGGGCCCUGGGUGUCAUCUCCUACAUCCUGCUUUGCGGGUACCCCCCCUUCUACGACGAGAGCGACCCCGAACUAUUCAGCCAGAUCCUGAGGGCCAGCUAUGAGUUCGACUCGCCCUUCUGGGAUGAUAUCUCAGAGUCAGCCAAAGACUUCAUCCGGCACCUGCUGGAGCGGGACCCCCAGAAGAGGUUCACUUGCCAGCAGGCCUUGCAGCAUCUUUGGAUCUCUGGGGAUGCAGCUUUUGACAAGGACAUCCUGGGCUCCGUCAGUGAGCAGAUCCAGAAAAAUUUCGCCCGCACCCACUGGAAGCGAGCGUUCAACGCCACCUCGUUCUUGCGCCACAUCCGUAAGAUGGGGCACAGCCCGGAGGGCGAGGAGACCUCUGUGCAAGGCAUGGCCCGCCACACCCACCCGGGCCUCCUGUCCACACAGCCCCCCAAGUGGUGA